AUGCAUAUUUCUAUUAUUGUCUUUCUCAUUCUUAAUAAUGUGGUCAGUUCAAAUACUGGUGAUCUCUAUCCAAGUUACAGUUUAUCAAGAGAUCUAAUGAAGAUUCAUGAAUGGUCUGAUAAUCCUGUACUUGCAUAUGUUACAACAGUUCGAUUAUUUGAUUAUGAUCAUCAUAUAUUUCAAUAUCGACGUUAUCCAUGUCAAUAUUUCUAUACUGCUGAAAUUCAAAUACAUUAUAAUAAUGAAACUAUAAAUCAAUGUUUACAUAAUACAACAACAGAUGAUUAUGAAUAUAAUUUUCAAUUACAUUUUGAUUCACGUCAUGUUGAACCAUAUAUUCUACGAAAUAUUGCAUUUCAAUGUGAUUAUAUUAACUGUAGUCUUUCAUUAUUAAAUACAACAUUUAUAUAUAUUGGUUGGAAUUUAAAAGGUCGAGAAAAUAAUCCAAAUUGUUCAUUUGAUACUAAUCAAGCAUAUAAUAUUCUUCGUACACCAUAUACAAUAUCAGAAUCGAUUAUACUUCGAUGUAAAUCAUUUUCAACUUGCAAUCAAUCGAAAUCAAAUUUAGAACAAUCACUUUCAUCACAAAUUCAAUUAAUCUAUGGUUCAUCUUAUGAAUUAGAAACACCAUAUUGUUCCUUAGAAAAAAAUCUUGGUUUUAUUAUUGAUAAAAAUUUUGCACAGACAAAUAUUCUUAUACAACAAUUACUUGAACUUAUGCAACAACGCUUCGACAAAUCCAUUGAAUAUGUUAAACAUGUUUCAACUACAACGGCAAACACUACAGUAGCUGGAAAUUGA